CGCAGACGUCCACCCUUCGCCCUGCCCCCGACGCCUCACCGUGACACAGCCCCCGCGGGGGCAGUGAGCCGCUCCCGCCCCCGGCCUGGGCGUGCGCCAGGAGCGCAGGUGUGAUCGCGGUCCUUCCCAGCAGACUGGAGGAGUCGGCGCCGAGACGCGCGUAGGAAGCGAGUUCACCUGCGCCCAGGUGUGUUCGCAGAGCUGACGGGUCGACGAGUGGCGCGGAAGAAACGAGCCUGGCAGCGGGACGGAGGCAAACGCGCCCCCGACACACACCGAGGAGAACCGGGGCGACUGUCAGGACCUCUCCAAUCUCCAGGUGCCACUGAACUACUCGGAGAGGACACGAUGAGGAAAUCUUCAUAUCCAGCGAGAUCUGCCAGCGCUCGAGUGAGAAGAACGGAGAGAGAGACGUCUGGCAUCACCAGUCCCACACUGAAGCGGUCGUUUGAGGUGGAGGAGACGGACACGUCCACACACCCCUCGCCCCUGUCUCGUCGGACCAGCAACCCUCUCCGCUCAUCCACCUCCUCCACAUCCAGCCAGCGGAGCUACGACCUGAGCUCCCGCAACUCUGACUACUCCUCUAACAGAUCCUCCCCCUCCGAGUCCUCCAACCCGCGCUCCCCAAAGAGCGGCAUGAGGCGCAUGGAGUUAUCGGGGGGUCGUAACCCUGACACAGCCUCCUCCCGCCGCACAGAAAUCUCCAUUGAGGUUUCCUCCAAGCAAAUCGACAACUCGCCCAGCGCUGGCAUCGCCCGCUUUGGCCUCAAACGACCUGAGGUCAGCCUGGGCAGUCGGAGCGCCCCUCUGGACAGCUCCUCCAACUCCAUCUCCAGUUCCACAAACAGGCGGGCAGAGCUCAGCAUGACGCGGUCAAACGAACCUCCUCCCCCCCCCAGGAGGAUGGAUGCCCAGCUGUCCUCUCCCCAAGUCUCCAGGAUCCCAGAGCCCCCGCAGAGAAGGGCAGAAGUGUCCCCCACCCUCAGCCUAGCUGAGGAGGCCUCCAGGAGGCCAGAGAUGCCCGUCUUCAGACGGCCGGAUGGUUUAGUGCCAGGCAAUGCAGUGGAGAACAGCAACCACCCGCCUCCUGCACCUAGCGCUCCCCUGCCUUCCCUGGCAGAGCCCCGGGUGGAGAGGGUGCAGUCGCCUGUCACAGAGGCGCCCACAGCCCGACCAACAGACAGGCCAGAGGUGAUUUCCAGCUACAGUGGCAGAACCAUGUCUGAGGUGGUGAUGCCCGACACUAUAGUGGCCCCAGCAGUGGACAGCGUGCCCGCAGAAAAACCCAGUAGCCCCGUGGUGGACUUCAGCUAUGUGGGCAUUGAUGCCAUUCUGGAGCAGAUGAGGAGGAAGGCCAUGAAGCAGGGUUUUGAACUCAACAUAAUGGUUGUGGGACAGAGUGGCCUGGGAAAGUCUACUCUGAUGAACACACUGUUCAAGUCUAAAGUCAGCCGUAAGUCGGUGCUGGUUACAGCCCAGGAGAAGAUCCCCAAAACAAUUGAAAUCAAGUCCAUCAGUCACGACAUUGAGGAGAAGGGAGUGAGAAUGAAGCUGGCAGUCAUUGACACACCAGGCUUUGGCGACCAGAUCAACAAUGAGAACUGCUGGCAGCCCAUCAUGAAGUUCAUUAACGACCAGUAUGAGGCCUACCUGCAGGAGGAGAUAAACAUCAACAGAAAGAAAAGGAUCCCAGACUCCAGAGUUCACUGCUGCAUAUACUUCAUCCCCCCGACCGGACACUGUCUGCGGCCUCUUGAUGUAGAAUUCAUGAGACGUCUCAGUAAAGUGGUCAACAUCGUCCCCGUCAUUGCCAAGGCAGAUACACUCACCCUUGAGGAGAGAGACUUCUUCAAGAAGAAGAUCAGGGAAGAGCUGCAGUCCAACGGGAUUGACGUGUACCCUCAGAAGGAAUUUGACGAGGAUGCAGAGGACACAAUGAUCAACGAGAAGAUCAGGGAGAUGAUCCCAUUUGCUGUGGUGGGCAGUGACCAGGAGUACCAGGUCAAUGGCAGGAGGCUGCUGGGGAGGAAGACUAAGUGGGGAACCAUUGAAGUUGAGAACAUAGCCCACUGUGAGUUUGCCUAUUUAAGGGAUCUCCUAAUCAGGACCCAUAUGCAGAACAUUAAGGACAUCACCAGCAGCAUCCACUAUGAAAUGUACCGCGUGAGGCGCCUCAAUGAGAAUAACACGGUGGCGGCUCGUGCCAAUGGCAUCCCAGAAUAUCAUCAUGCCACCCAUGAGAUGUAGAUGCUGCCUGCCCUGCUGCAGUUGACCUCAACUGUGUGUAGUUUGUUUGCUAUGAGACUUUGACCUUCAUCGACCGCCCCCUAACCCAGUUCCAGCCCUCCACUCCUGCCCCCAUCUCACAGGUGGGAUAGAAACUGAAAAGCUUGCCAGAGGGACACUUCAUUUUAAACAUCUUUGGCGGCUUAUGGACGGUUCAUGUCAGUUUAUUGCCUCUUUAACAAACACUAUCUUCUCCCUAUCGCUGACAAAGAGAACGGAGAGAAGUUUGAGUCUUCAUAAUGCGCUGCAGCUUGAUUUUUACCUGCUUCCAGAUUUCAGAGUUAACCUUGUGGUGCCAAAGUUUCAGAAUCUGCCAAACAGGACGGACUGACACACAACAUGUUUCAGCCAGAAUCGCCUUAAUCAGCAACAUGUUUACCUUGUCCACUUUUCCUUUUUUCUUCCAAGUUUGAUCCUUUUAGCAGUGUUUGUAACAGAAGCACAGUUUCCUGUCCUUCUUCACACAGCUGUAUCAAUGUGUGUGUGGGAGGAUAUGACUUUCAUUAUUGCACUUGAUCACUACAUCGUCUGUCACUGAUGAGGAAUGUUGGAGAGGAGCUGGGCAGCACUCUGCCAACAUGUCGACACGUCAUUCAGCUCUCGCCCAAUAGUCAAACAAAGUCAGGUCAUAGAAUAGCACAUCAUAUGUUUGAGUUUAUUGUUCACAAGCUGUGUUUUGCUUUAACUGUUAGUUAUUUGUUUGUGUCAUGUUAAAUAUGGAUGUUGGGUCCUUACCAUCUUCUUUUAAAUUCCCUGUGAUAAAUGUUUAUUAAUAGAAAUAUCUUAAGUGAUUUAAGAUGAAUAGGUAUUUAUGCACAAGAUAAAAUGUGAACAUAUGCCAUUAGUUGUGGUCCACUUAUUCAGAUGAUUCACACAAACAAACACUUUUCCUGCUUUUGGGCCCAUCAUAGUGCCUUAUUUAUUGGGGAAUAUUUGCUCGCAUGUUGGCUGAAACUGGAAAGAGAGCAGGUUUGUUGGAGCCAACUUAACUACAUUUGCAGGAGACAUUUUCCAGUCCUUUUCUUUAUCCAGGAGGGGGGGAUCUAUUCUUCCGCCGACCGACCGACCAACCUUUUCUUCUAUUCUCCAUAAUAUACCGAGGAUCUUUGUCUGUUUGAACCGUAUAUAAUUCUCUAAGCUGUCACUGUCAUGCUUUGUGCUGUAUAUUCUUCUGUGUUCUGAUACAUUUUUUUACUUGUAUUAUUGACAACAAAUUUUCCUUUCUUAUUUUAAAGAAAUAAAGAUUAAAAUUGUAAA